AUGAGAAACCUGAGAUGGCAAGCAUUAUUUGAUCCAACAAAUACUGGUAUUAUAACAUUUCAAAAAUUUUGUGAUGUCCUCGGUGUAAAACCGGAACAAGCACGUACUCUUCGGAAGAGUGUUGUCAAUAACCGACCACUGCCGAAAGAUUUACAAAUAAUCUCCCAAAAUAUGUCACCAGAAGAUCAAUUCCAAAUAUUUGAAUUUGUUCGAUCACUGUUAGAUAAAAAUUUAUCAGGUCAAGAUAUGACACAAAUGAUAAAACAAUGGCUUGAUAAGACAUUCGACCCUUCAUGGCAUGUUGUUAUAAUCGAUGGUUCAUAUUGGAUAUCGUAUUCACAUUUACCUGAACAAUCUCUACAAUUUCGAUUGAAAGAAAAGUGUUAUUUAGUUUGGCGCACACCUAAAUAUUGA